CCCCCGCCGGCACCAAAACCCUGGAUCACACACUCCCAAGACCCGACCCUUCGUCGCCGAAUUCAAUCGCGCUCCCCUACCAUGGCCAAGUGGUGGCGCGCCGCCGCCGCCGCCUCCGCCUCGGACGGCCUCAGGGCGGCGGCUCUGAGCUCCCCUCCGCCGCUCGUCCGGCCGCGGAGCUCCCCGUACCACACCAUCCAGGCCAUCCCCCGGGAGUGCAGCGGGAGCAGGGUCGCGAGCAGGGACAGAGCCCAGGGGCGCAUCCCCACCGUCGUCUUCGCCCAGAGCCUCCUCGACAAGGACCCCGGCGGCGCGCGGCCUCCUUCGAGGAAGUACCUGCUGACGACGGAGAGGAGGCAGAUCAAGUCCAUCCUCAGCUCCGUCAGGCUCCCCUUCUUCUGCUCCACGACCUUCGGGCUCCAGAUUCGGGCCGGGUCCGGGUCGUCCACCCUGCUCGAGUCCGGGAAAGUUCUCCCGGUCAAGGUUCAUAGGGAUGAGGAGACAGGCAAGAUAUUGAAUUUGGUGCUCGUUUGGGCUGAUGAGGGAUCAAAGUUGAAGGUUGAUGUGCCUGUUGUUUUCAAAGGAGAGGAAGUUUGUCCUGGUCUGAAGAAAGGGGGCUAUCUGAACGCAAUAAGAACCAGUCUAAAGUUUACUUGCCCAGCAGAGCACAUUCCUUCAAAGAUUGAGGUUGAUGUCAGCAAUCUAGACAUUGGAGAUAGAAUUUUCAUGCAUGAUGUUGAAUUUCAUCCAUCCGUGGAGCUUUUGAGCAAGAAUGAUGCCAUUCCGAUAUGUAAGGUCAUGUCGACAAAAUCGGAGAGUGUGGAGCCUGCAGAGGCGUAGGCACAAAGAAGCUCCAUCCCCUAUUGUGCACGUUUGAGAUGUCGAGAGUGCUGCAGAUCGAGGUGCCCUUGGUUUUGCAAUUACCAUGGGCUAAUUGUCAAAUAACGUCGAGGCAUUUCUAAAUAACUCAGGUCUCUAUCGGGCGACUACGUCGGGGAUCCGCGAGGCUCCGGGGUAGUUUCACCAGUUUGACGUUUCCAGGGCCAGAGAGACUUCAUAUGUUUUGUCUUGUAGUCUUGCGAAGAAGUAAAAGCUUUGAACCUGUCAAUUGUUGUUGGAUGCUUCCAAUGAAGAAAUUGAUCACGUCAAGCAUUCACCGGGGGACAA